ACUUAGUUACAUAGAGCAGUCCAAAUUUAAAUUGUCCUCUUCCUCCACACUUUGAGCAAAAAAGCAAUAGUAAACACAUCUUUUUGCUGCUAUAUUUCAGUGAAUCAGAAAAAAAUCAGAGUAAAAAUGAGUUUCUUGUCAUCUUCCUCUGUCAAUAUGGACAAAGAUUAUUGAUUAAAGAAGCACUUUUUUAUAUACAUUUUUACCCUGUUUCAACAAGUUUUGUGCAUCAUAUUUUUAUCAAACAGUUGUGAAAUUACUCCAAGAUUUCAAUUGCAAUGUCUUCUGAACUUUUUGGAUUUGAUAACACUUUCUUUGCUGACCCUUUUUCUCCUUCUUUCAUUGAUCAACACCAUGAUAAUAAUAUCUUCCAAGACCAAAACUUUACCAUGCCAACCAACUGUUUAAUUCAAGAAACACCAAUUGAUGACCAAAUUGCUUCAGCUUUUCUCUCAUCUUCACCUCCAAGUCAUCAACUUGAAAAUCUUUCACUAUGUCAAGUUGGUUUAGAUGGAUUUGGUGAUUACUCUGUUAAAUCAGAGGACUUUCAUGUCAAUUUUGAGUCUGAUUUUGGUUCUAGUAACACUUUAAUGGUGCCUCAAAGUUGUGCAGAGAAUCAUGAUGUGAAGUUGAUGCAGAGGAGUUUUAGUAGCAAUUCAUUUGAUAAUAAUAAACCAAGUUUCUCAAUUUUUACACCUCAGCUUGAUAGUUUAAUUGAGUCUCCAAAUUUCCAAACACCCGCACUUAGCUCCCCUGAUGAAAACAGCUUUUCUACAGGUCAAAUGAGAAGGGUUUGCAGCACUGGUGACUUGCAAAUGAAGACAAGUCAAACAAGAAACACUUUAUCUUCAAGUCCAUUAUCAGGAGAAAGAACAUUCAUAGAAGAAGCAGCAAAUAUCAAAGUGGGGCGUUAUAGUGCUGAAGAAAGAAAAGAGAGGAUUCAUAGGUACAGAGCAAAAAGAACCCAAAGAAAUUUUAACAAGACCAUUAAGUAUGCAUGUCGGAAAACACUAGCCGACAAUCGUCCAAGGAUACGUGGCAGAUUUGCACGUAAUGAUGAAGCUGGUAUAGAGAUUCCAAAAACUACAAUAUUUAAUAGAUUUGAAGAUGAAGAUGAUCUUUGGAUUGAGGGAGUUCAUGAAGAGGAAGAAAAUCAAGGCUCAAAAGGGAGAAGACAAUUCUAUCACAACUUUGGUUCAAUGACACAGUAUCAUCAACAAUAUUCAAGCCACUGAGUUGGGUCGUGAUGAGAGAUUUGUUUUAUAAUUAAGUGGUUAAAGUUUGGAUUAAUUACCUUGACUAAUGACCGUGCAAAUUAAGGACUAUAUUAGCACAUGGGAGCAAAGAUACGGCAGAUGGUAGCUUUGCUUUAUGAAUAAGUUAAUUAGGUGCUCUUGCAAGUGCUACAAUUUAUAUGUCUAUGGAAGGAGUAGACUAGCUAGUAAUGAGAAGAAACUGUUUUUCUCUCUUUUUUAAAAUUUUAUUUAGGGGCUUAAUUACGGGGCCAUGUACAACUUAUUGUCCUCUAUUUUAUUAAAAUUAAGAUUACUAUCAACUGAAUCUGUAAAUAAAUAUGGUUGUUUUAUUUA